AUGAAAUCCCCGGUGCAAGGACGGCCACUAAUACUCUACACAUCUUCCAGUGAUGUUUCUAUUGGAGCACUCCUCGCUCAGGAAGAUGAAGAAGGCAUAGAACACCUAAUCUAUUACUUCUGUCGUACAAUAAGGGAUGCCCAAAUGCGAUACCCAAAGGCUGAAAGAGCGUGUCUAGCAUUGGUUCACGCAAUUCAUAAAUUCAGGCAUUAUCUAUUACCAAACAUAGUUGUGCUGGUGGCCAAAGCUGAUUCCAAAAAAUUCUUACUGUUGAAACCUGCAUUGAUUGGAAGAAUGGCAAAAUGGCUACUUCAGAUGUCAGAGUUUGACAUAGCAUGUGUCCCUCCUAAAGCAUUCAAAGGGAAAGCAGUUGCAGACUUACUCGCUUCUUUUCCUGGAGAAGAUAUCACAAUGCUACAUGAAGAAGUUCCCGGCGUUGUGCUAGUAUCUCCAUCCGGUAAAGUUUUCUCGCAUUCAUUCAAGAUGGAUUUCCACUACACCAACAAUUCAGCAGAAUAUGAAGCUUUCCUAUUAAGGUUAUCCCUGUCCAAGCAAGCAGGAGCAAUGUACCUGGAGAUAAGAGGAGACUCAAAUUUGUUGGUAAAUAAAAUGAAUGGCGUGUAUUCUCUCAAAGAAGUAACACUUGUUUCAUUCAGGGACGAAGCACAACAACUAUUAACUCAUUUUUCUGAUGUAACAAUUGUUCAUACUGGCCGCACCAACAAGAGACACGCUGACUGUUUAGCGACUCAUGCGUACAAAAUACAGUUUGAAGGGUCAUAA